AUGAACUUGAGGUCUACGAAGCUGACUGUUGACAGAUGUACUCCUCGCGACCGUUUCGCGACGCGCUUCACGAGAGUCACCCAGAUAUCUUUCCCAACAUCUAUCAGGAAAAGCAUCGAUGAUUCAUGCAUUGACUUCCCCCUCUCUCCAUUCUACUCUCCCACUGGAGAGUCCUUCAUUCGUCCUCGAGCGACUUCAGACGCGUUCAGGGGAGUAGAAGCACAAAUCCCCAACUCUCCCUUCGCACACCUAUUCCCUGAGUAUCGUUACGAGCAUCCUGAUCCCCCACGCUCACCGACACCGAUCGAUUUCUUCCAUCCGUCGAGUCCGCCUACACCACCUCCCAAAGACUUCUUCGUAUCUACUUUAAACGGGCUGCAAAGCCCCGCACUCACGCAGGAUUCCUCCAGUCCAAUUUUCGCCAAUCCUGUACCCGUAACUCCAGGGCCAGCGGGACUUGAACAAUCGCAUUCUAUAUGGAUUAUUGACAGCUCCUUACGUGAAGUAGAUUUUGACGUCACCUGUCUUGGCGCGCUAGACGAGCAACUUUUAUAUGCUCCAAAGGACUGUUUCUUGGAUAUCUGCUGGGCAGAAGCUGUAUACGAUGACGAGGAUCAGCUGCCGGUGCUGCAGUCAGAGCCAGAGCAGGAGCCAUGGGUAUGGCAGUCACAAAUGGAAAGGGAAACCGAUUCGGAAGAAUCGGAUCAGAGACGCCCUGAUCCUAUCGUCACACAAGUGGAGCGCAAAGUUUCGUUCUUUCCUUCCCCCGAAUCAUACACACCACGAUCUCCCCAGCGCAUGAUGUUUGCAGAGUCUGAGUCACGCAUGUUGUAUCAAAACGCGAAUCACUCGGUACACUUCUUCCCCGUGCCACAGCAACGCGACUCCCGCCGCAAACAUACGGCACAGGACCCACCUGAUACUCCUUCCGGGAAGCUCAAGCUCUUUUCGGGCGCAUACGGCACUCUCACAGGACGGCGGCGUACUACUUCCAAUUAA